ACUUCAUUGUAGACAUUUCGCCGCCGCUGCAACGCAACGGACACCGGCUCAAAGUCAAACUUUACAUUACGGUAUAAAAAUUCGCACGUGAACGUUUUGUGCCGGGUUUAGUCAAUACUAUUAUUAAUCAUUAUCUUACAAAUAUUUUGUAUAUAUAUGAUUAGACUGAUCUUCGAGUGGCAUUCUUGCUCUGUGUGGCAUUCCAAUUGAAUAAUUAUUAUUGCGUGCAUGUGCGUCAAUUUUCUAUAGUGGUCAGAUAUAUUAUUAGGAUACCUACUCUCUGGUGGUCAGUGUGAAGUGUUGUAUUCAUAUUUUGAUAAAAACAAUUAAAAUGGCACCAAAUUCGUCAGACGUAAAUGGAGUGCUUUUUGAAAGUGAUGCAGCUACACCAGACAUGGCACUUCCAACUGCCCCCAUACAAAAGGCAGACAACUAUCCUAGGAAACUGGUCUGGAGAAAUAUCAUUGCAUUUGCAUAUUUACACUUAGCUGCUAUCUAUGGAGGAUAUCUAUUUCUAUUUUCUGCAAAAUGGCAAACUGACAUAUUUGCCUAUGUCCUAUAUGUGAUGUCUGGACUUGGAAUAACAGCGGGUGCACAUCGUCUGUGGGCACACAAAUCAUACAAAGCAAAAUGGCCGCUGCGACUCAUUCUGGUUAUCUUCAACACAUUGGCUUUCCAGGAUUCAGCGAUAGACUGGGCUCGUGACCACCGCAUGCACCACAAGUACUCAGAGACGGACGCGGACCCGCACAACGCGACGCGCGGCUUCUUCUUCUCUCACAUCGGCUGGCUGCUCGUGCGCAAGCACCCGGAGCUCAAGCGCAAGGGCAAAGGCCUAGAUCUGAGCGACCUGUACGCGGACCCGAUACUUCGCUUUCAGAAGAAGUACUACAUGAUCUUGAUGCCGAUCGCGUGUUUCGUGUUACCUACAAUGAUCCCAGUGUACUUGUGGGGCGAGUCGUGGCUCAAUGCAUACUUCGUGGCCGCCAUGUUCCGCUACGCCUUCAUCCUUAACGUCACUUGGCUCGUGAACUCUGCUGCCCACAAAUGGGGCGACAAACCAUACGACAAGAGCAUCCAACCGUCAGAGAACAUCUCGGUGGCCAUCUUUGCUCUCGGCGAAGGCUUCCACAACUACCACCACACCUUCCCGUGGGACUACAAAACCGCCGAGCUCGGAAACAACAGGAUGAACUUCACCACCACGUUCAUAAACUUCUUCUCGAAAAUCGGCUGGGCCUACGAUCUGAAAACCGUUUCUGAUGAGAUAGUGCAAAGCAGAGUGAAACGCACCGGCGAUGGAACCCACCCACUGUGGGGCUGGGGCGACAAAGAUCACCCCAAGGAAGAAAUGGACGCCGCCAUCAGAAUCAACCCCAAGGACGAAUAAGUCCAACUAGUUUUAAGAUUUUAAUGAUUUCUAUAAGAGCAUCAAAGGGAUGAAUGAACGUUAGAAUUUAUCGAAUCUAAAGACGGCCUAUGAGCGCCGCUUCUAUUCGCUUUAUAAGUCUAUUCGAAUACUUAAUUUAUGUUUGCUGUCGAAUAUCGAUGUAGUAUAUUUUCGCUUGUAGUAUUUCUUAGUUUUUAUUUGCGCACUGAUUUCUGAGACUGUGAACGAGAUAUAGUAGUUUUAAGUUGGAAUAACCAUUGUAACACGCUGCGUGCAUCGGGUGGCACGGUGUUUAUUAUAACCCGCUUGUGAUAUUUUAUUGUUUACCACAAAAUGUUUUCGCAUAAAUAUAUUUUUUAUUAAUCUUUUGUAA